AUGACAAUUGAUGUGAAGAAAUGUAUAAUGCUUUCUAACCAGAUAAUUUAUGCCAAAAACUUAGUAAAAGAUUUUUUAUUAACUAACAAAAUCGGUUUGCCAGUAACUAAUAACUCGCUGACCCUGAGCAAAUCCUGCAACUUUCCAUUCACCUUCAACGGUGGAUUGUUCUACUCUUGUUCCAACUCACUACCUGGCAUCAGCAAUCCUUGUGCUCUCUACAUGUGUCUCACUGGUAGCAGGCAGUUGUUGUCCAUCUGUCUUGACCCUCGAGCCAUUGAUUUGAAGCGGCCAUCUUUGCCACAAAGGCUGCUUAUCCUUUUUGCACAACGUACACAUGUAUUUAUGUGCACGCGCAAGCACCGCUUCAUAUAUGCUGAGUAUAUGAUAGCCAUUGAGAUGUUUGACUCAGUGAGCAUUCGAACCACUGAGCCACCUCGCCGGCCAACAUGCGACAACUUACGUCGUCUACCCAUUUACCAGCCUCGAAAGGAUAGACGGCUAGGCUGGCCGGGGGUCGGCAACCCGGAUAAACCUGUAAAAAUUACAGGAUUCGAAUCCGGGUCGUAG